AGAUGUCCUCAUCAGAGUGCCCCCUUACAUCAGGUGUCCCAUCAGAGUUCCCCCUUACAGCAGGUGUCCCAUCAGAGUGCUCCCUUACAUCAGUUGUCCCCAUCAGAGUCCCCCCUUAUAUCAGGUGUCCCCAUCAGAGUGCCCCCUUACAUCAGGUGUCCCCAUCAGAGUGCCCCCUUACAUCAGGUGUCCCCAUCAAAGUGCCCCCAUACAUCAGGUGUCCCCUUACAUUAGGUGUCCCAAUCAGAGUGCCACCUUACAUCAGGUGUCCCAUCAGAGCGCCCCCUUACAUCAGUUCCCCCUUACAUCAGGUGUCCCCAUCAGAGUCCCCCCUUACAUCAGCAGGUGUCCCAUCAGAGUGCCCCCUUAUAUCAGGUGUCCCAUCAGAGUGCCCCCUUACAUCAGGUGUCCCCAUCAGAGUGCUCCCCUUAUAU